AGAAGGGUCUCGACCCAAAACUUCUCUCCAGAAAUGCUGCCUGUCCCGCUGAAUUACUCCAACAUUUUGUGUCAAUCUUCCAUUUAAACCAACAUCUUCAUACAUAUAGUUCCUUCAUACACAUCGGGUCAUAGCAGAUCAGCCCAGGUAACCUCGGGUCACAGCAGGCCAGUCUCGGUAACCUCAGAUCAGCCCAGGUCACAGCAGGUCAAGGCAGAUUAACCCAGGGUCACAGCAGUUCAGCCCAGGGACCCCAGGUUAGCCCAGCAAACACUGGGCACAGCGAGUCAGUCCAAGUAAUUCUGGAUCACAGCAGGCCAGCCCAGGUAACCCUGGGUCAACCCAGGUAACAGCGGGUCAGCUAGGUUACUCUCAGUCUCAGUGGAUCAGAUAAGUCAAACAUGAUUUUUCUUUGUAAGUGUAUAUUGACUCCGUUUGGUCACAUAUUAUUUUCUAAGUGCCUUGCUAUCACUUUAUUGUAAAUUUUAACAUUUUCCCAACUACUAAUGUCAGUAAAUGGACACCAUUCAUUUACAAUCUUUCGUAAUAAUUUGCUUUAUGAAAUAACUUGAUUGAAAUACAGACUACUCAUACAAGUUUAAAAGAAUGACUGGUGAUCUUAUUAAAACAUGUAACAUUCUGAGGGAUGGAUACUGUGAGAAUGUUUCCCCUUGUGAAAUUAUCAACAUUUCCUCUCAAAGGGUUCUGAAUCUUUGAAAUUCUCUUCCUCAGAGAGCUGUGGUAGUGGAGAUUGACAGAUAUUUACACCACAAGAGAGGCAGGAGAUAUUACAAGAGAGCAAUAAGUGUGUUGGGGCUGGGAUGGGUCACUCAUGAUUUUAUUAAAUGGUCAGGCAGAUUGGCCGGCUCCUAUUACUAUCUUCUUUAUUCAGCAUGAACGUAGUUGGAGCUGAUUCCUUAAUUGGACUACAUGCUGUUUGCAUUCCCAGCCUGCUCUCCGAGGAGUGGCUUUGCUGAAGGUCAUGUGUCACCAAGCAGCUAAAUAUACGGCAGGCAGAUUGCCAGAGCCAUGAGAGGACUGGAUUGACGGGGAAAAGCGAGGUGCCUACAGAGCGUGGUUUCAAGAAUAAUCAAGAAUGCUGAUCUCUGAACAGGGCAAGUGAAUUCAGUGUGAAACCACCGGUUCUUCCUGCACACGUGAAGACGAUGAAGAACCAGGAAACACCACAUGAGUCCGGUGGUCUGGAACCAGCGAUAGAGAGUCCCAAAGAGCAGGGCACAGGCAAGGAACCUUCACCCUCCCAAGGGGCAGAGCAGGGAGGAGGUGCGGAGGCUGCAGAACCUGAAGGAUUCCGGUUCUAUCAUAUGGACCUCUAUGAACCUAGGGAAUGCUUGGAAAUUUUUGCAGACAAACAAUCAACAUCCAAAGUGGCAGCCCUGCAGGAUACAUCGCAAGGUGUCCUGCAUAUUGAGGAGCAGCUUGCAGCAGAGAGACUCCCUGUGGAUCUGCUGAGCCAUGGCAUCUACAGAGAGGACCCUGGCUGUUUGUCUUUUCCAGAAGCAGAAUCUGGUACGUGUCAGAACCUAAUGGAAUUUGCCAACAUCCUCCCUUUGCAAAAGCAGUUUGAUCCCUUCCAGCAAAUUGUGGAUUACUCAGAAAGCGCAAGUCAGUGCAGCGAAGGGCUCUUCAGCCCAAUAUCAGAGCAAAGCAUUUUUGAAGAGUCUGAGACAGAGGGUACCACAACCAAGUCUGGAGAUGAUGUGGCAGAGAGCGUCAGAGAUAUCAGAAGCCCGAGAAACAAUGCUUCCAAGGAGACAGAACUGGAGCCAGAUGACCAGGAGACUGCCCAGGACCAGGAGACAACCCCGGAUGUUUAUUGUCAGUCAUGUAAUAUUCCAAUUCCCGCUUUUGAGAAGCUCUUUGGAUUCCAUAAACAUCACAGCGUGAUCCCAUUAGCAGAGGCCGCAGUCGUUGCCAAGCUCGAGUGUCAGAACAAUCUGAAGAAGUUGGAGCAGCAACUGAUACAGAUGGAGACAUUUUCUAACAACCUGCAGGAAAUCUUUGUCACUGUUGAAGAGAACAUUGGUAAACAGGAGCACUACCUGGAACUGCAGUACGACGACUUGAUGCAGUUGUUAGUUCAGCGUUUUGAGGACAGGAGCCAGGGGCUAGAGGAGGAGAAGAAGCUGAAGCUGGAGAAGUUGUACAAUAUGCUGGUGAGCUGUGGGCACAGCAUGGAUGGCUACAAGGAACUGAUGGAAGCCACUGACGUGCUCUUCACGACUGAAGACAAGCCAGCUUUCCUGAAGAAUGGAGAAACAAUCCUGAGCAGGCUGGAAGAGUUUCUCCAAGACUUGAACCCAGAACUUCCGACCCCACAUGAAUUUGAGAAUUUUCCAACAGAUAUGGCUGAGGUGCAACGGUUAAUAGACUCGAUCUGCAGCAUCCCAGUGCCGUCAGCCCCAUCAAUGUGUCCCCAGUCUCCCGACACAGCAACCUCCACCUCAGUGAAAGUCCGUUGGAGCCUCUCAGCCGACGAUACUGUGGAACAUUACCAGUUGUACUACAGAAAAUUAGGAGACAACACACAAGACGAGGGGGCUGCAGAUGCGUCGCUGAGAGUGAAGGAAAUGUUCUGUACCGUGAGGAACCUGCAGACUGGCUCCAUGUACGAGUUUUGGGUCACAGCCUCCAACUCUGCCGGUACAAGUGACGGCAGCGACCGUGCGGUGUUUACCACAGUUCCAGCAGCUCCGAGCAUCAGCAGCAGAGCGGUGGCGGUGUGCCAGAGUGCAGUGUUCAUGGAGUGGGAGCCCGGGAGCAGCCCACCACCACACUCCUAUGCCCUGGAUUUCUGCCAAGUCUGCAGUGGCUGUGAUUGGACAGAAUCACUCACAGAAUCUGUGACUGGGAUAACUUCAUGUAAAGCAUUAAUAGAACUGGAGCCCAGUGAAAACUACAUCUUCUACCUCAGAGCAGUAAAUGGAGGAGGCAGCAGUGAGAGGAGUGCAGCCAUAAACGUUCAAACAACAGGUACUCAGCUUUAUCUGAUGGAGCAGACUGCGCACCUCUCACUCUCAAUCUUGCAGGACGGACUGACCAUAGUUUAUAAUGAAGAAAGUCAGCUCACAGACCCACCCACAAUCCAUGACAGGUUCACCAGUUCUGCCACCGUCAUGGCACAGUUGGUGCCAGUUCGAGGAAGGCAUUAUUGGGAGGUGGAAGUGGCUGAGGACAUGGAGUACAGGGUUGGAAUCGCCUACACGGACACCCCACGGGAUGCACACUUUGGCUCCAACAUCACCUCCUGGUGCAUGCGACACAUCCUCACCUCAUCCAGGAGUAAAUUUGAAUUCCUUCACAAAGGGCUGACUCCAGACUUGAGAAUCACUAUCACACCAACCAGAAUUGGAAUUCUCCUGGACUACGACACAGGAAAACUUUCCUUCUUCAAUGUCGACAUCUGUCAGCUCCUCUUCACAUUUUCACAGCAUUUUCAGAAUCUGGUCAAUCCCUGUUUUGCUUUGGAAAGUUAUGGCAUUUUAAAAGUCAGUCAUAAUAUUCCCUUCCCCGCGUUUACAAAACUACUGUGACAUAAUCCCGUUUCAGCCGCGGGUGCAAUGUUGGGUUUUAGUUGAAAGGAAAGUCUUCUUUAAAAAUGCAAGUAUUUUCAAUUUUUGCAACUGAGCCUCUUCCUUGUACAGAGGCUGAGACCCGAGUCACCACCAGAGGUACUCAUUCACCACAAGAACCUAGUGAACUGCACUUCCCAGCUGCUGAAAAUAAAUUGCACUCUCUCCACCUCCUCCUCUCCGUCCCUAAUAUUUUCUUUAAUGUUGCUGCUCAGCUUGCCCAACUGCUAAGCAGCUCCCAUCACAAUGUUAACACAUAGAGGAUUGGAUAACCAACAAUGGGAAAUGUCACAAUUUAAAUCCUGCUCCAGCAAAUGAGUUGGGUGUAAGGCUGACCACCCAGUCGGUUUAUGAACGACAACAAUCAGAACUCACUAUUGGAGCUACAGUAAAAGCAGGUUUACUUCUGCUGAGUGUCAUGUAACGAUAUACAAAUUCAGCCCUAGUAAUUCACAGCAGUAUCCAGUUGCAAUGGACAGGAUUAUUCCAAUCAUUUCCUCACUAUCUGUGAAUCCUGGUAAUAUUAUGUGGGAAAUGCAGGCUGGCAAUUUGAGGUGUGUUGAAAUAUUGAAAUGCUGAUUAAAAAUAAAUCAGCAACUUAGCAACUAACUGAAUCUGAUUUAUUAAACUGGGGCAAGUGUUCUCUUUGAAAAGGGAAUGUUGCUGAUAUUUCAGAGAUCAGGCCAUUUUGAUGAAAGGUCAUAUAGCUGAAACAUUAACUGUUUCUCACACCCCAGAGGGUCCCUGACCUGCUGAGUGUUAUUAAUGGUUGAUAUCUGGAACACGGUACCAGGAAGUGGUGAAAUCAGAUAUGACCACUACAUUUAAGUGGCAUUUAGACAGGACCUUCAACAGGCAAGCCUGAGAGGGAUAUGAACUGGGAUUGGUGUAGAUGGGUAAAAAUAUCAACAUGGGAGUGAACAGAAAGGGCCAUUGUGCUGUAUAACUGACUCAAUGACCUCCUGUCAACAUAAGCUCAAAGGUUGGGAUGUUGGCUGAUGACCUCACAAUGGUCAUUUCUAUUUGCAGCUCCUUAGCAAAUGGAAUAGGAAUACUUUAUUAUCACAUGUGACUAGGCACAGUGAGAUCCUUUGCUUGCAUACACAAUGUGUACAAAUAGCAGCCACCUACGGCGUUGACCAAGCUACAAAGCACGCUGGCUCCCACUUUUGUCCCCCCCACCUCUCUCAUGGCGGUUCCCCCAGGCCGGGUCUUUCAUUGUUCUUCCCCCUCCUCACCGUGGUCCUCCACGCUCUCAUCGCUGCUACUGCGAAGCUUCACGACCGCGAGGUCCCAUAGUCGCAAAGGCCUCACUGCUGUUGAUGCCCCACUUCACACCUCUGUGGUACCGACCAGGGUACCAGCCACUUCGCCCGACUGGGACUUCUACCCCCGAGGCCCCGGAUUAAGGCCUCCGGCCGCAUUCCCAGUCUACAGCUGCGGCCUAUGGGGAAGCCUUGAAUGAAACAUAGAAAAUAGGUGCAGGAGGAGGCCAUUUGGCCCUACGAGCCUGCACUACCAUUCAUUGUGAUCAUGGCUGAUCAUCCACAAUCUGUAACCCGUGCCUGCCUUCUCCCCAUAUCCCUUGAUUCCACUAGCUGUGAACAGAGCAAAAAUAGAGAGUAAAAGACAAAUUAAAGAAAAAGAAUGAGCAUAUUAGCAACUACACAAAAAAAUACUGGAGAGUAUACUUAAGUCCUCAAAGUCAAGAACAGGAAAUUACAUUCAAUAAAGAAAAAGUGGAGGCAUUAAACAAAUGUCUUGCCCUUUGCUAGAGAAGUCCAGAAGCUGAUAGGGAGCUGGGUGCACACUGGAGCCACCAACAACCAGAUUGUGAUCUGCUGCUUGGAAAUUCGGCACUGCCCGUCUCCUUUUUGACAUGACUUUAUAAAUAUGGACUUUUAGAUCAGUAUUUUAAUGUUUCUGAGUAGAACAUUUUCUGGAAAUAAACAACUGACGUUACAGUGAGAGUUUCAGAUGACAAGGCACAAAGUACCUCAGACUGAGGAACCAGGGCUCAGCUCUGCAAUUUCGAGUCAGUCAUAUAGUAUGGGAACAGGCAACUCACCAAUGCCAACCAAGAUACUGUGGGGCCCAUUUAAAUCUUUACCCUCUCACCUUCCAUUUAAGUUCCUCAGUCCAAGACUCCCAAUCCUGGGAAAAACUAUGACCCUCCACCUUACCUGCCAAGAUUUCUAAACCUCUAGCAGGUCAUCCCCUCAGCCUCCUUCACUCAAAGGAAAAUAGUCCCAGCACUAUCCAAUCUCUCUUUAUAUCUCAAACCUUGCAGUCCCAGCAAAUUUGUUGUGAAUCUAUUCUGCACCAUCUCCAGCUUAAUGACAUCCUUCCUACAGUCAUUGUUUUGCCCACUUUCCCAUUUGAUCUAGAUUCCAAUGUAGCCUCACACAACUUUCCCUUUACCUUCCCUCUUAAGAACGUUUUGCAGGUGCUCAGAGACAUCUAGAUCCUGGCAAACAAAGCAGAAGCUCACAAUCCUGGAGUCUCAUAUGUGGCUACAGUGAGAACACUGAACGGAGGAAUCAGAUCCUACAUGACAGUAAAAGCACUUCCCUGAAAAAGGGUCCCGACCCGAAACGACGGCAGCGUCUGGUACCACGGCAGCUAGCUGUAUCUUUAGGAAGUUCACAGUUUAAAGCUGAUAAUGACGAUGACAUAUUAAACACAAACUUUGGUUAUUGUACUUUGAGCAGUUAUGA